GGCGCACCGAAUUACCAGCCGCCGUCCAUUCCUACGUACCUGUGUACUUACAGAAGCUCUCGGCUGUCAUCAUUAUUAUUAUAAGCAUAUACAGCAAUAACUUUUUUGUUUGUUUGUAUGCAUAUUGCAGCACGUCGGUAUAGUUAACAUGGUCCCGAUACCCACAUUGUCAUGAACAAUGUAAACAAGGAGAGGUGAACCCACUCUCUGCAUGGUACGGUUUGUUGUCUCAUGCAGUACUCCUACCUGCCUUUGGUCUUACCUUUGUAUGCAUUGCUUCAUAAGAAUAGGAAGGAGGAGCACUGCGACAGGCCUACUGGCCCAUAGUAGGCUUGUUUCUGGUGUCCCGUAGCUCGGUUGGCAGCGCACUUAGUUCACAUACUGAGUGUCCGUGGUUCGAUCCCGGCAAGGGUGAAACGUUGGGCAUGUUUCCUCAUACCUGCUGCCCCUGUUCACCUAGCAGUAAGUAGGUACCUGGGUGUUAGUCGACGGGAGGUGAUAGUAGUAUACCUCAGACAGGGUUGGGCAUCAAAAUGAGCUGAUCUAGGAUAACAGUUCUUCAUUCCUGAGGUAGUGUUACGUCCGUAGGAAGGUCAUACAGCGCCUGGGAUAACAGAUCAGGUUUAUGGCGGACCUGGUGUGAUGAUACCCACAAGUUGUAGCUAUAAGAAAGGCAGACGUUUCACCCAGACGGCAGACAACUCUCUGAGUGCCGACACAAAUGAGGGUGUGCUCUCUCAAGCAUGAGAUGAGUCUGCAAUAGUGCUUUCACGGGAGGUGCCUUCUUGCCGGUGAAGAGUUCUUGAUCCAGAGAAACUGGAGCUACCCCUCCCUUUCCUUGGAUGGAAUCUGAUUUGCCUCCUAUUACCGCAUGGGCUGUAAGACUCCCACGGGCUUAGCGCUCCCCCCAGUUAUGCAACGAGUGGCCAGGGCUUGACCUCUUUACAGAGAAGCCCUGAACUCGACUUGCUGGUCAUGCCGGUGGACUUCGCCCCCAUACCAUGGAAUUUGGUGACGCCACUCAGACCACUGUGGUACACCUACAUCCAGCUCGCCAUCCCCCUGGGUGACAGAACUAUUGACGCCUACACACUGGCUAUGGCUAUACAAAUUAUGUUCCGCCUUGAAAUCAAUCUCUACAAUGUCUUCAAUAGACAAAAGCGCAGUGGAAGGAGCAUUCAGGAGGAUCAGCUGGACCUCCUUCGGCAAAUCGAGGACAACAUUGCCACUAUGGGAGCUGAUGGUCACGCCUGCGUCCUCAGAUUCAUCUGUGAAAUGCAGAUCAACAGGUUUUCCAGCUCCUCUAUCUUCGGCGAGAUCUUCACGCUGAUUUUCACCCCCAAACAAGGUAAUGAUUCCAUAUUGCUCAAGGACUACAUAUCAGCUGAGAUGGCGGGCCAUGAAGCAGGCAGCCCGGACGAGCCUGGUCUCACGUGUGCUGAGAGGUACCACACCUGCCCGUUCUCAGUUUUCGCUCUCCUGCGACGUAUCCAGAGCGGCCUGGGAUUUUCCACACCAGAGGACAAACCACUUAAAGCCGUGUCCAACACCCUCUACACAGAGGACACCGAGCUCUGAGGCACCACACAGUGUACUUUGCUCGUUAUGGAUUUGGCUCUAGAUAUGAGGCUAUUAGCAAUAUCUUUACUUGUGCAUCAUAGACAUUUCUUCGAGGAGUCACUGAACAUCAUCGAAGAUCCGUUUCAGGAAACUGUUUCCUGAUGAAUAAACAUACGUUCUGUCUACACCUGCUGUUGUUGUCCCGCCCCAUUAAGUGUACACCAUCCAGCCUAGUCUCGCACAGUUCAUACUUUGUGUGUUGUCUUCACUACCCAUAUGUGUAUGGCCUGACUAAAACAUCAGAUAAAUAGACUUAAAUCUAUAUACUUUAUCCAAAUGGGUACAAUUUGUGGUUAAAAACCCAUAAGCAAACACUUGGAAUAUUUUUAUUAUGGAUACCUUUCGGUCCUAGGGCAUUUUCACUUCAAAAUAAUAGAAUCUCCUAAAUGUUUGCUCACAUGUUUUUAACCACAACUUUAUACAAUAUAUUGUCAGAUUUUCACUUCGUGUACAAUCCAUCAACACCUCCAUUCUGUGUGCAUAUACAAGUUCCAUACAUUUUGCCUCCAUGCACAACCUACCAGUGAGUUAAUGUAAACUGAACUCGUUAUUCAUAAAACAAAUCUGUAUAUAUGUACGUUGUACUAACAAUAAACA